UAAUCAGAUGUCUCAGUAGCGAUUCCCAGCCGGAAAUGAGAUGUGCAAGUUUUUGCGUCCUGUUGGUCCUGCUGGCAGCAUCUCCAGCCUACUCUGACCGCAUGUUUGUGAGCUUCGGCCAUUCCCUCACUCUCCCCUGCCAUGGAGCCCCCAGCAGGGAUGUGGAGUGGCGCUUUAAGCAGCAUGAGUAUCGUGACUGGCUGGGUGUGGCUGACCUCUACAACGGAUCCUUUUCCUCUGGAAACGGCUUCCAGGGACGGGUGGAAUCCUUCCCCUUAAAAGAGCCAGGAAACUACAGCCUCAUCCUCAGUCCUGUGGUGUACAGUGACCUCGGCAUUUACAAAUGCCAGUACAGUAAUGAGACCGAGAUCGUUCUUUCAGAUGUGAAACUAGAAAUUAGAGUCCCAUCAAAUGUUUCCGUAGCGAUGGGAAUGUCCGCCAGUCUUCCUUGUUUGGGGAAAAUGAAUACCAGAGCACGUGCUGUUGAUCUGGAUAUCCUCUGGAAGAGAGGUGGAGAGAACGUUUACCUGCUCCUUAAGAACACCAUCACAUAUGGGCCCGGGUUCGAGAACAGAGCUUCAGUUUCCCCAGAACAAGCCCUCUAUGGAAACAUGUCUUUAACCAUCAGACAGACACGGUUUUCAGAUGAAGGCGACUACCAGUGCUUCUACAACGGUCCAAAAGAGAAUCCAGAUUCUGCCAGUCUGGUUGUGACAGGCCACCCACCCCAGAACCUCACAGUGAAGGCCGGUGGUUUGCUCUCCAUACCGCUCUAUACCGCAGACCCAGUGAGGGUAACAUUCAGUGCAGGCCUUGGUUCAGAUGAGGUGCUGAUGCUCGAUGCAAAUAAAGGCCCAGCCAGGUAUGGGGAGCGUUGUGCUCAGAGAUGUGAGCUUCUGGCCCAGAACUACACCCUUUUGCUGAGGAGUGUGACACUGGAGGAUGCCGGAGUCUACAAGGUGACCGAUCCUGAGAUCAACAGGACCAUCGGCUCUGUCUCUCUGGAAGUCUCAGCCCAGCUGGUAGCAACUCCAGUCUACUCUCUCUGCAUGUUUGUGAGCUUCGGCCAUUCCCUCACUCUCCCCUGCCAUGGAGACCCCAGCAGGGAUGUGAUGUGGCGCUUUAAGCAGCAUGCGUAUCGUGACUGGCUGGACUUGGCUGUACUCGUCACCGGAUCCUUUUCCUUUGGAAACGGCUUCCAGGGACGGGUGGAAUCCUUCCACUCAACAGAUCCGGGAAACUACAGCCUCAUCCUCAGUCCUGUGGUGUACAGUGACCUCGGCAAUUACAAAUGCCAGUACAAGAAUAAGACCAUUCUUUCAGAUGUGAAACUAGAAAUUAGAGAACCAUCAAAUGUUUCCGUAGCAAUGGGAAUGUCCGCCAGUCUUCCUUGUUUUGGGAAAAUUAAUACACGAGCGCGUGCUGAUGAUCUGGAUAUCCUCUGGAAGAGAGGUGGAGAGAACGUUUACCAGCUCCUUAAGAACACCAUCACAUAUGGGCCCAGGUUCGAGAACAGAGCUUCAGUUUCCCCAGAACAAGCCGUCUAUGGAAACAUGUCUUUAACCAUCAGACAGACACGGUUUUCAGAUGAAGGCGACUACCAGUGCUUCUACAACAGUCCGAAAGAGAGGGGGAAUCCAGAUUCUGCCAGUCUGGUUGUGACAGGCCACCCACCCCAGAACCUCACAGUGAAGGCCGGUGGUUUGCUCUCCAUACCGCUCUAUACCGCAGACCCAGUGAGGGUAACAUUCAGUGCAGGCCUUGGUUCAGAUGAGGUGCUGAUGCUCGAUGCAAAUAAAGGUCCAGCCAGGUAUGGGGAGCGUUGUGCUCAGAGAUGUGAGCUUCUGGCCCAGGAAUACACCCUUUUGCUGAGGAGUGUGACACUGGAGCAUGCCGGAGUCUACAAGGUGACCGAUCCUGAGACCAACAAGACCAUCGGCUCUGUCUCUCUGGAAGUCUCAGCCCUGCUGGCAGCAUCUCCAGUCUACUCUGUCCGCAUGUUUGUGAACAUUGGCCGUUCCCUCACUCUCCCCUGCCAUGGAGACCCCAGCAGGCAUGUGAAGUGGCGCUUUCAGGAGUAUGAGUAUCCUGACUGGCUGGGUGUGGCUGAUCUGUACACCGGAUCCUUUUCCUCUGGAAACGGCUUCCAGGGACGGGUGGAAUCCUUCCACUUAAAAGAGCCGGGAAACUACAGCCUCCUCCUCAGUCCUGUGGUGUACAGUGACCUCGGCAUUUACAAAUGCCAGUACAUAGAUGGGAUCGGGAUCAUUCUUUCAGAUGUGAAACUAGAAAUUCGAGAACCAUCAAAUGUUUCCGUAGCGAUGGGAAUGUCCGCCACUCUUCCUUGUUUUGGGAAAAUUAAUAUACAAGCGCGUGCUGUUGAUCUGGAUAUCCUCUGGAAGAGAGGUGGAGAGAACGUUUACCAGCUCCUUAAGAACACCACCACAUAUGGGCCCAGGUUCGAGAACAGAGCUUCAGUUUCCCCAGAACAAGCCGUCUAUGGAAACAUGUCUUUAACCAUCAGACAGACACGAUGUUCAGAUGAAGGCGACUACCAGUGCUUCUACAACAGUCCAAAAGAGAGGGGGAAUCCAGAUUCUGCCAGUCUCGUUGUGACAGGCCACCCACCCCAGACCCUCACAGUGAAGGCCGGUGGUUUGCUCUCCAUACCGCUCUAUACCGCAGACCCAGUGAGGGUAACAUUCAGUGCAGGCCUUGGUUCAGAUGAGGUGCUGAUGCUCGAUGCAAAUAAAGGCCCAGCCAGGUAUGGGGAGCGUUGUGCUCAGAGAUGUGAGCUUCUGGCCCAGGACUACACCCUUUUGCUGAGGAGUGUGACACUGGAGGAUGCCGGAGUCUACAAGGUGACCGAUCCUGAGACCAACAAGACCAUCAGCUCUGUCUCUCUGGAAGUCUCAGGACGCUCUGCUGGAGCAGUGGCUGGGAUAGUGGUGGGAGUGCUGGUGUCGCUGCUGGUUCUGGCUGGCAGUGCCUUUGCAGUCUGGUGGUUCUUCAUAAAAAACACAGAAAACUCUCGAAAUUUAGAUUGUUUCCGUGCAGCCAGAACAGAACAACGUGGACAACGUGAACUACGUGGACAACGUGAACAACAUGAACUACGUGAACUACGUGAACAAAGUGAAGAAUGUGGUGAAGAAUGUGGUGAAGAAUGUGGUGAAGAAUGUGGUGAAGAAUGUGGUGAAGAAUGUGUGCUGGUGUCGCUGCUGGUUCUGGCUGGCAGUGCCUUUGCAGCCUGGAAGUUCUACAAAAAGCAGUCCCCUCAGUCAGCUGGUAAUGAAGCUGUCUAA